AUGAAGGCCAUUGUUGUCCUCUCGGCCCUCGUGGCCGUUCAAGCAGCCAAGACAACGCCCAGGCCUACGACGUUGGACAACGGCGAAGUCGUGUCGCCGCUCGAGACGUGUAACGACUCAUGCAAGAGCUCCUUUGCCAGGCCCAGCGAACACGUCAAAACCAUAAAAUCCAAGUUCAAGACCAAGACCAAGGCCACGACGGUCUCGCCCAGUGCCGAGCCGGACUUGUCCACGGCCCUGGAUUUGGGACCCGGAACAGCGUUCCCGCCAUACGUCUCCUCGCCGGAUUGCACCCAGACGACGACGGUCGUUGGAGCGACGCACCCGGCCGUUGUGACACCCCCUUCAACCACUUCUAAGCAGGGCAAGGACAAGGACAAGGACAAGGGCAAGGGCAAGGGCAGCAAGACGGAACACAGCGAGGCACCAUCACCAACCUCACCACUCGAGGAGCAACCCGCCAUCACCACCACCAGCGUGCUCUGGAAAGAUUGCGGGACUUGUGCGCUCUUCUGGACAACGGCCCAGUCCACGUAUGCUCCUCGCGUCACGGUGGCUAAUCCCACGGAUUACACUUAUACAAUCACCCAAGUGAGCUGCCUGACUAUUGCUCAGGUUGAGAGCACCGGGACCAUGUUGACGGAGCCUUCUGAGACUACUGAGGCUGCGUCGACGGAGCUUCCUGAGCCUACCGACGAAGUUCCUGAGCCUACCGACGAAGCUGAGUCGACGGAGCUUCCUGACACUACCGUACCUAUAUCGAUCGAGCUCGCUGAGCCAUCAACCACGGCUUAA